AUGGCCAAUCGCCAGAGAACCCUCGACCAGCAGGUCUACUGCAUCAAAGACCUUGAGCGCCUCGGCUCUGAGAAAUUGGAAAAGACCUAUCGCGAGUAUUAUAAUGAGGGCGCCAUGGAUCUCAUCACAUUGCGAUUGAAUGAAUCGGCAUAUCACAGAUACAUGAUCCGGCCCCGAGUUUUGCGAAACAUCUCGGGUCUUGACACAAGCACCCGCAUUUUCGACACCAACAUCAAAUUCCCCUUCGGGUUCUCCCCAACGGCCAUGCAAACGCUGGCGCAUCCCGAUGGCGAGAUCGGUACUUCUAAAGCUUGCGCUGCUAACAAUACAUUGAUGGGGCUAUCGAACUAUUCCUGUAUCGACUUGGAGGAGGUCAUUUCGCAUGGCAUUGGAAACCCCUAUGUGAUGCAGAUGAGUCUUCUCAAGAAUAAGGCCGCGAUGAUUCAGAUGAUCAAGCGCGCAGAGGCCGUGGGGUUCAAAGCACUCUUUGUCACUCUUGACGUUCCCUAUCUCGGCCGCAGGUUGAAUGAAUUCCGUAACAAAUUUGCUGUGCCCAAGGGCAUGGAGUACCCUAAUCUUUUCCCUGGAGUCGAUGUCACUAACCUUGAGGAUGGUAAUGAUGUGAUGGCUUAUGAUGACACUUUUGAAUGGCCCGACAUGAUACCAUUCUUCCGCAAGCACACCAAAAUGCAGAUCUGGGGCAAGGGAAUUUAUACUGCCGCCGAUGCCGAACUCGCGAUCAAGCAUGGCUUUGAUGGAAUCAUCAUCUCAAACCACGGUGGCCGCCAACUUGAUAGUGUUCCUGCUUCCCUCGACGUCCUCCACGAAGUUGUUCCUGUCGCGAAGGGCAAGAUCCCUAUUGCCGUUGACGGAGGUAUCCGUCGUGGUACUGAUAUUUUCAAGGCCUUGGCCCUUGGCGCUGACUUCUGUCUUGCCGGACGACCGGCCAUUUGGGGCCUGGCUUAUGACGGCCAAAAGGGAGUUGAGCUGGCUCUCAACUUGCUGUACGAUGAAUUCAAAACGUGUAUGGCGUUGGCUGGGUAA